AUGGCCACUUUUAAUGAAAAGAAGACAUGCAGCCAACGGAUGGAAAAUUUUGGCCGUUUUAUGUGGAAUCCAGACACCGGAGAGUUUAUGGGAAGAAGUCCAAUCAAAUGGGUGUACAUCAUUCUUUACUAUGUGGCUUUUUACAUUGUUAUGAUUGGAAUUUUCGCUCUUUCCAUCUACUCUCUGAUGCACACCAUCAGUCCUUACGAACCAGAUUAUAAAGACAUAAUAACGUCUCCAGGUGUGACAAUGAGGCCAGAUGUUUAUGGUGAUGAAAAAAUAGAGUUAUAUUAUAACACAUCCGAUAAGGCAACAUAUGAAAACUCUGUGAAGACUCUGAUCAAGUUUCUCGAGCAAUACAACACAACAACACAGCAAAAAAUGAAUAAAAACUGUACUGGCAUCACUGAUGUGGCAUCUUUCUUGUCUGGUCCUGGUCGCACAAAAUAUGCAUGCCAGUUCGUGGAAUCAGAGCUUGGAGAUUGUGCCUAUAAUCUUAGUGAUGAAGACCCUUUUGGAUUUCAAAAAGGACAGCCAUGCAUUUUUAUAAGAAUCAACAGGAUCAUACAUUUUGUACCCCGGAAUCACUCAAUUCCAACACUGGAAUGCUUACCAAAGACAAAAGAAGUACCGUGGGAGGUAAAAUAUUAUCCCGAGGAUGCAUCCUUUAACUUGCAGUACUUCCCGUACUAUGGCAAGAAAGCUCAGCCAAACUACACCAAUCCAGUGGUGGCAGUGAAGUUGGUGAAUGUUCCACACAAUAAGUUGAUUGAAGUCGUGUGUACAGUUCAUGCUGAUGGAAUAACUACUGAUAAUAUCCAUGAUCCAUAUGAGGGAAAAGUGACAUUCAAACUUAAUAUUAAAGGUUAA